UAUACAACUGUUUAAUUAGCCAUCUGCUAACAACUACUUAAACGUAUGGUUACUGAAGUGCUACAAGAAGACAACUGUAUAAAUCAUAGUUACUGCAAGUUGUUUCUGCUUUUUUGCCGCGCUGUAGUUUUUGUGUGUAUGUAUGAUUAAUAAUGGUAUUCGUUGGCACUUGUCAAACACUAUGUCCUGCCCAGGAAAUACGCGAGCGGAUUAAACAUCGCCAGGUGCAUCCUGUGUUUGAAAAAGAUAUCCUUAUUAAGCGGUACAGUCGACCAGCAGCUGGAAAACACUCAGACACGCCGGAAAAUGUCCGCCCACCAGAAGUUCUUUUUGAAGCUAUGAGGCAUCUCAUGAAUAUUGCACGGACUCAGACUAAUUUUUCAGCAUGCUAUUCAUUUGUAUGGGACCGGUUAUGGGCUGUAAGACAAGACCUCACCCUGCAGCAGGCACACUGCAAAGGCACCCGUGCGAUUCUCGCUCAGUGUGUUCGAUUUUAUGUCGUUGCAGCCACGCUUUGCCCGGCGGAGGGCGCACCGCUGAAGGUGUUUGAUCCAGCUAUCAAUACGGAACAUUUCUUAGACACAAUUGGCCGUCUGCUCCACCUAUAUGAGGAUCAUGGCAUCGUUGAUGAGGAUCGCCCCGAAAUAGAGUCGCUGUACCUUCUCUGGAACGUUGAUUCAUUCACAGUUCUCGUUCGAGCCAGUGGCCUUCAUCCUGUUAUCAAACGAAGAAUGGGCAACGAGUCGUUCGAUGUCGCUAAAACAUUUCUACAUGGCAACAUGUACCGGCUACUUCAAAUUGCUCGCCAUUUUCACAAUCCGCUUCAGUGGAGCGCUUUGGCUCCAAAGCUAAGCAAAAUUCGUGUUAUGUUUUUGCGCGCGCUUAACACCGCCUACAGUAGUAAAGCAUGUAUCUUUCCUCUGAGCGUCCUUGCUCGAUGGUUAGACAUGUCUGAAGACGGGUGCGAGGCAUUACUAGCUUACUGUAAAAUACCUGUAACCAUUUAUGAUACUACAGGCGCUGGUGGUAAUGGACAAGUGCCUACAAGAAAUGUCAGCUUUUUCAAAUCGAGGAUGAACCUCAAUUUUUCUCUUGAAGGUUCCUUGCCGCCGUAUUUUGUAGUUAUAGAUCGAGUGGAAGAGCUGCGAACGCAAGUUGACUCGUUUAUUCUCUCUGGAGCAGUACCGGCAAAGAAUGGAAGUUAACCGAAUAUCAUAAACAAAAUAACUAUCAUUGUCAUAUUCAUAAUAAUUAAUAUAUUUUUUAAUUAUGAACUAAAAAGACUUUGCGUUACGACUACCAUAAUAGAAUAAAGCUCAAAUCAAAGGUAGUUUAGCUAUGGCUUGAAGAUAUGUUUCGAUACACGCAAAAACAAUGUACGAUAAUUUUGAAGUAUAUUAUUAGUUUUGCACCUUUUUUUUUAAUCCUAAUGCGUGUACCUCAAUGAGCGAGUCAACCCGCCAAGAUACAAGUAACAUGCAGCCUCAAUAAAUAAUGAUAAAUGCGUAAUGUGGAAGUAGUCAACAUUUCAGAUUAUGAACACAAAACCGCAUGGGCGUAGGUCUAGCCUGAAAGUUAUAGAUAAGCAGUGAUUUGCUUCUGCUAAACUAGUUGUUUCUAUUCCAAAAUGCUUAAAUAUAUUUUACCUAUAAAAUGCGAGCUUGUAGCAGCCGGUUCGUCAAGGGGUAUUAUGGUUUUAACCACACAGCAGUAAAAAACUGUUUAGUUUAAAUUCACAUUUUUGUAGCAAAGAUAUAGUUAUAUUUUUAUCAUACACAAUUUUCACUGCACACGGGAAUACUAUUUUCUACCUGCCGAGUUUACUUUAGACAAUACGAUACAGAGCACCAUUCGGAAGCAAGGAUAUUACAGACCGAGGAGCCGAUACUGGCGAAGAUCAGCUGAGCUGUUUGUUCGUCAACCUAACGUAUGGCCCAGCUGUCAUGAAGGCAAAUGACGCUACUACUGAUACGUCAAGGGACCUAUUACUAUUGAUGCCAUACUUUAGUUUGAGUAUCUAGUUUUCCAUCGU